UUCCGUUGCAGCAAAGAGUCGCAGCAGCUUCGCUAUUAGGGAAGCUUGUUGGCCAGACUAUGCAUGGGCCUAGAGUGGCGAUAAGUCUGGCAAGAUUUCUGCCUGAUUUCCUUGUCUCGGUAAUCAGGGAUGGUCCUGGUGAAGCAGUUGUGAUUGCUCUUGAACAAACAACAAAACUCCUGAACUAGUCUGGACUCCAGCAAUGGCUGCAUCGUUGUCUGCACAAAUAGCAACUAUGGCUUCGGAUCUGUACCGUGAACAGGUGAAAGGACGUGUUGUUGAUUGGGAUGUACCUGAGUAGGCCUCCGGCCAACAGGAGAUGAGAAAUGAACCUCAGGUUGGAGGGAUCUAUGUUAGGUUAUUCCUGAAAGAUCCCAAAUUUCCACUUAGAAAUCCCAAGAGAUUUCUUGAAGGGCUGCUGGAUCAGUACCUUACAUCCGUUGCCGCCUCACAAUAUGAUGGCCAAGCUGUUGACACUGAACUUCCUCUACUUCUUUCUGCUGCCCCGGUCUCUUUACUCAGGAUGUACCCCGCUCUUGCAGAUCAUGUUGGAUAUCUUGGUUAUGUGCCCAAACUUGUGUCUGCAGUAGCCCAUGGAGCAAGCAGAGAAACAAUAGCUUCAGAAACCUAUGUAUCUGAGGAUGGUUCGUCGCAACAAAAUUCACAAACUCCUCCGGAGCGAGUUCGCCUUAAUUGUUUACGUGUUCUACAUUAGCUUGCAGGUAGUUCCACUUCUGUCGAACGCGAUUGGUUGGCAAGGUGGAAGCAUCCUAGCUCUUGAAACCUUAAAGCGUGUUGUAGUUGCAGGGAAUCGAGCAAGAGAUGCACUUGUUGCACAGGGUCUCAAGGUUGGUCUUGUGGAAGUUCUUCUUGGCCUUCUUGACUGGCGAGCUGGGGGAAGAAAUGGGCUUUGUUCACAGAUGAACUGGAAUGAGUCAGAAGCAGCAAUUGGCCGGGUUCUUCAAAUUGAGUUACCAAUGGCCAGUAAUGUUAACUUGGAAAGCUAUAUCUCACAGGACUAAAGGCUUUAGUGGAGCGGACCUUCAAGCACUUCUUUCUGGCACACAACUUGAAGUAGUUCAUUUGCUCUUGGAUAGGGAAGAUGGCAGUGGAACUGGAAAGAUCUUUAUUAUCACGGUUGCUCUUCUGGAGUCCAUGGCAUCCAAGGCUAAAUGCCUAAAUCAUCAGUUUCAGAAGCUGAGAAGCGAAUGUUGCACGGCAUUUACAGCCAGUUUUUCAAUUCAAAGUGGUCUGUCACUGAACAGCUAGUCAUUGCUGGAGAUGGGUACUAAAGAUUUGGAUUUUGUACAACUGAACUAAUUAAUUGGAAGAAAAGCUGGUGGGAUAUCAGUAUAUCCUUUCACACCAUCAGUUCGAGGGAAG